CCCAAGACAUUGCACCUGCUCUCUCUCUCUCUCUCUCUCUCUCUCUGUCUUCUUCUCUCCAGACACAGUCCCCAACACUGCUCACCUCACUCCCCAUUUCUUUACUUCAUCCACAAAAACAAAAAACCAAACAAAACCCACUCCCAUGACCUCAAAAUCUCACUCCCAUCAGCAUCACAAUCGCCCCUCCCUCUAAAAAAAUCUCUCAAAAAUGAGCAAACCCAUCAAAGAUCAUCAAAUUUCAACAUCGCCCACCAAAGGUAAUCCCCCGUUUGGGCAUUUUGCUUUGAUUAGUGUAAUGCUGCUGCUUCUGGGUUCUUCCCUUUGCGGGCUCUCUGAGGAGAUCCCAAUGGUCUCCCUCCCUCUUGGUUCCCAGAUCUCUGGCCAUCAGAAUACUACAUGGGUUUCACAAAGUGGGGUUUUUGCUCUUGGGUUUCUCUUAGAUUACCAAAAAGAUGAUGGCUUUGUAGUGGGUAUAUGGCAUAAUUUUGGUGCUGGUAGCGAAAAGGUCCCAGUUUGGACUGUUGGGGGUGGUGGAGUUAGGGUUUGUGAGAACUCCACAUUUGAGCUGUCUUUAGAUGGUAGUUUGAUUCUAUUUGAUUGCUCUCACAAUGAAUUGCCUGUUUGGAGUAGUAAUACUGGCAACCUCGGUGUUCGAUCUGCAACUUUGAUGGACAACGGCAAUUUGGUUCUUGUUGGUUUUGGGGGUAAAGUUAUUUGGGAGAGCUUUGCUAGCCCUACUGAUACUUUACUCCCUGGCCAGCCUUUUCGUUACCCUCAGUCCCUUCAGGCUUCUUCACCGAACUCGAUUGCUAGUUACUAUAGUUUGAAAGUUAAGAGCUUUGGGGAGAUUUAUCUUGUGUGGGAGGACAAUGUGACUUAUUGGAGGAGCCAAAUGAGCUCUUCUGUUCUAGUUAAGGAGGUGAGGCUCGAGCCCGAUGGCCUCAUUGGGCUGUUUGAUUAUCGUGGUGGAGUGCCUUGGUCUCGGUUGAGCAAGGAUUUUAAAGACCCUCUUGUGCAAUUUAGGAGGUUGAGGAUUGAUGCUGAUGGGAACUUGAGGAUUUAUUCUUGGGACAAUGUGAGUUCUUUGUGGAGAGUUGGAUGGCAAGCUGUUGGAAACCAAUGUGAUGUGUUUGGUUCGUGUGGAUUGUAUAGUGUUUGCAGUUACAAUCUGAGUGGCCCAACUUGUGGGUGCUUAAAUUCGGAUUCGGUUUCUGGUGAGUGCCAGAGGAUGGUAGAUUUGGGGAAUUGUGACAGAGGAUUAAGUAUGACUGAGCUCAAGAAAACUGUUUUAUAUAGUCUUUAUCCUCCCCAUGAUGUUGUGGUUAUGCUUAGCUUGGAUGCCUGCAGACAAUACUGCCUGAAUGAUACUUCUUGUUUUGCCGCCACUGCAAAUAAUGACGGCUCGGGAAUUUGCACCAUAAAAAAGACAAGCUUUAUCAGUGGUUAUAGCUAUGCUUCUGUUCAGGCUAAAUCGUUCUUGAAAGUGUGUUUGGUUCCAGAGGCAGUGUCAGCUCGAGCAGCUAAUUUCCAUGGGGCAUCAGGGUUAAUGCCAAAAGAGCAGCAGCAGCAACAAACAGUUACUGAAAUAGUCGAAAGGCAUAAGAAUUAUCUGGUUGCCGUGGUGGGAAUUCUUCUGAUCACCGGUUUUGUCUUUUUAGUUUUCGAGAUGGCUGUGUUUUGGUUUGUUCUAUAUAAAAGAAGGCGAAUGAGUUCCAGUAAGCUGAAGGGGAGCCCAUUUGCAAAGGAUAUCGGCAUGAAUCCACAUUAUAGCGCUCUAGUAAGGCUAUCUUUCGAUGAAGUAGAGACAUUGACUAAAAACUUUGGCAAUAAGUUAGGUCCCACUGUUUAUAAAGGCAUUCUUCCCAACAAAAUAACAGUCGCUGUCAAAUUGCUUAACAAUGUAGUUGCUUCUGAAAGAGAGUUCCAAUUGGUAGUCUCAACUCUGGGGAGCACCCACCACCGGAAUCUUGUUGCUUUGAAGGGCUUUUGUUAUGAGCCGAAACAUAAGCUUCUGAUAUAUGAACACGUGAGCAAUGGAUCCCUUGAUCAGUGGUUGCUUAGCAAGAAGCAAAAUAGGAGGGGUGGAUGGAAUGAGAGGCUCAACAUAGCCAUUGGGAUAGCAAGAGCUCUUGCCUAUUUGCACUUGCAGUGCAAGAAAUGCAUAGUUCAUGGAGACCUAAAGCUAGAGAAUAUUUUGCUAGAUGAUCAAUUUACACCAAAAUUAACAGAUUAUGGAAUACAGAGCUUAAUAAAGAAAGAGGAUGCAGCAGCAUCUUCUUCAGAAACUCUUGCUGAAAGAGAUGUUCACAUGUUCGGAAUUAUUUUGAUUGAGAUUGUUGCUGGAUAUAGAGAGAGUCAUGAGAAUAAACUGCGUGAUUUGGCUUUUAGAUGGUGUGAGUAUGGGAACUUAGGUGAAUUUGUUGAUCCUAGAUUAGAAGGGAAAGCUGAGAUUGAAGGAGUGCAGAGAGUGGUCAAGUUGGCUUUAUGGUGUGUGCAAGAUCGGCCGUCUCUUAGGCCUUCGAUUGGGGAAGUAGUUAGGGUUUUGGAAGGAGCUCUAUCACUAGAUAUGCCUCCAAUAAUUGGAGCCUCUCAAAUGGUAGCAAAUGGAAGCGGAAAUGGAAACUUGGAAAUAGUUGAGGCAAGUUUUUAACUUGCAACUGACUAGGUAUGUAGAAUUUCCUUUAUGUUAAUUUCUUUGCUGCUAUUAGCAGUAAACGCUUGCUAUCCAACUAUGGAGAUGAUAGCAAUUUUGGAUUGUAGUUGCAUUGCCAUUUUCUUGAAUUAAGAUGUAUUAUCUUUGUUGACACUGAUAUCAAAUGAAAAUUGAGGGGACCCAACCCCAAAUGAUUAUGGAUA